AUGGGUAUCCAAAAAUUUAACCCUUUCAAAAAGGACAAUCAAAGCUUCCCCAGCGUUGUCAUCCCACUCGCCGAUGCACCUGCCCACGCCCUCUCGGAAAAGGCAGACAAGGGAUCUAGCCAGAGCUUGGACGGCUCAUCUUCCUCGGAGAACGGUGCUGCUGGCUCCAAGGAUUCAACUCACCUGACCCUCGAAGCCCUUCGUGCUGAAGUCGAGGCUGAUAUUUCCACGGCCACUCAUGACUCUGUCUAUGACCGCAAGGCAAAGGUGAUCAACAGAGCCCUGCAGGAUAUUGGCAUGGGCCGGUAUCAAUGGGAACUGUUCUUCCUUUGUGGUUUUGGUUGGACAGCAGACAACCUUUGGCUCCAGGGAGUUGCUCUGACACUCACGCCUAUCUCCUACGAAUUUGGACUCUCCAGUACGGAAGUGCGCUUUACCACUUGUGCUCUAUUCUUGGGUCUCUGCAUUGGUGCCUCAUUCUGGGGCGUUGCCUCUGAUAUUGUUGGUCGUCGUCUUGCUUUCAACGCCACCCUGUUCCUGGCUGGUACCUUUGGUCUAGCGGCUGGUGGUGGCCCCAAUUGGAUUGGAACAUGUGCUCUGUUCUCUUGCUUGGGCCUUGGUGUGGGCGGUAACCUGCCUGUCGAUGGUGCCCUUUUCCUGGAGUUCCUACCCUUUGUCUCGGGCAACUUGUUGACCAUGUUGAGUGUUUGGUGGCCCGUUGGCCAGCUGAUCGGCAGUCUUCUUGCGUGGGCUUUUAUCCCCAAAUUCAGCUGCACUGGCUAUGAAGGUUGUACCAGGGAGAACAACAUGGGCUGGCGUUACCUGGUCCUCACUCUGGGUGCCAUCACUUUUGUCAUGUUUGUCCUACGAUUCUUCUUCUUCCACUUGUACGAGUCGCCUAAGUACCUGCUCUCCCGUGGCCGCGAGGAAGAAGCCGUUGCCUCUAUCCAUGGAAUUGCCCACAAGAACGGCACCAAGACCUGGUUGACCACCGAGAUUCUCAACGAGAUUGGUGGUCAUGCCGAGGUGCAUGAAAAGCAGACAGGGCUCACUUACUCUCAAAUCCUGGGCCGUUUCUUUUCCAAAUUCUCAAUGGAGCGCAUUGCGCCCCUUUUCGCCAACAAGCGCAUGGGCUGGAAUACCGUUCUGCUCUGGUUCUGCUGGGCCACCAUUGGCAUGGGCUAUCCUCUCUUCAACGCUUUCUUGCCGCAAUACCUUUCCCAAACCGGCGGCGAGACAAACUCGAACUACAUUACCUACCGCAAUUACGCCAUCACCUCCAUCAUUGGUCUGCCUGGCUCGUUCCUGGCUUGCUGGACAGUUGAGCUCAAGUACCUUGGUCGCAAGGGCACAAUGGCCAUCUCCACCUUGAUCACCGGCGUAUUGCUGUUCUGCUUCACCCAGUCCACAAAGUCCGAUAUCCAGCUCUUGUGCAGUUGUCUCGAGGCCUUCUUCCAGAACAUCAUGUACGGUGUCCUCUUCGCCUAUACCCCCGAGACCUUCCCUGCCCCGAACCGCGGUACUGGCACUGGUAUCUCCAGCUGCUUGAACCGUAUCACUGGUCUCUGCGCUCCCCUUGUCGCCAUCUAUGCUGGUACUGCGGACCCCAACGCACCCAUCUAUGCAUCUGGCGCAUUGAUCCUGGCUUCUUUUGUUGCCAUGUGUCUUCUACCCAUCGAGACUCGUGGCAAGCAGACUCUUUAA